AGUGGAGAGAUUACUUCCGGGGCGGUGUCGAGACGCUAUAACAGAAGUGACGUAUCAGCCCGGCGGCGUCAUGGAGCAGCAACUGCAGCAGCAGCAGCAGCAACUGAGAAACUUGCGAGACUUCCUGUUGGUCUACAAUCGGAUGACAGAACUCUGCUUCCAGCGCUGUGUGCCCAGCCUGCACCACCGAGCUCUGGACGCAGAGGAGGAGGCCUGCCUGCACAGUUGUGCUGGGAAGCUGAUCCAUUCCAACCACCGCCUCAUGGCCGCUUACGUGCAGCUCAUGCCUGCCCUGGUACAGCGCCGCAUCGCAGACUACGAGGCCGCCUCGGCUGUGUCAGGUGUUACUGCAGAACAGCCCACAGCCUCACCACCAGGCAGCUAGCCAACCCCAGCCCCAGGAGGGAAGGUACUGAAGGACCCAGUGGACCUUGGACUUGGUGAAACCUGGACAGAGAGGUUGAGGGGUACUGUUGCUCCUUUCCUGGAGCCAAUAAACCCGGUUUUUGCUGUUUGGCUUAAAUGAUGACUAGGGCACCUUUGUCUUGUUCCGUCAUUCAGUGGAUAUCUGCUGGCUUCACUUUGGCAGCUGAGAAUUUGCCGUCUGUGUCUAAAAGGAAAACCUCACUGUUCCAGGCAUCUGAUUAGAGCAGGUUUGUAGGUACAGUUCACAAGUUGAUAGUGCAACAGGAAGUUGGUUGCUGCUCACAUGACAGAUAAAAUGAAGGAUCUCUCUGGCUGUCUUUGAGUCUUUCUAAUUUAAAUGGCCAAGUAUGCAUUGGUGUGUAACUGUUUUUUCCUGGUUUCUGUCUUACAAAAAGAAUUCUUUUGAAUCUGGGGAAAGAAGGUGAUAUCAGCAACAGAGGGAAGGAAAAAAAAAACAAUUCCAAAAAACCCAUAGGGCUUUUAGGUAUUGCUUUUUAGGAAGUGAGUGGCCACAGAACACAGAUAAAGCCUGUAAGAAUUGGGGGUGUUCUGUAAUUGCAACCAUUUCCCCAGGUUAGUUUCUUAGUAUUUUCUUUCUUCCUGGGAUCUACACUAAAAUGUUUUAAUAAAGAAGAAGAUGUUUAUCUUCAGGGGCAGUCAAGAGUGGGGAAACUACAGUAUAGUUAAAUUUGAGGAAGACAAAUCUAAGGGAAAAGUAGAUGGUGGUGUUUAUUUAAAAAAAUAAAAUAAAAAGAAUAUCUGUGGAUCCUUUUUAAUGCUACAUUAAAGUUUUACUCAUGGCUUGUAUAAAAUCUCAUGAUUUCAGCUUUCCACCCUCUAUACCACAUUAUUUUCACUAUACGCCGGUGACUUGUAAUUGCAGCCUCUAUGUUCUUUUCCCAUUAUUGCCUUCCCCCUUGUAGAGAUUACUUCUGUAUUCACAGCCUGAAUGGCAUAUCACCCCACACCAUUUGCUUCCCCUUCACCUCCUUUUUGUAUCAUUGUGUUAUCUUCUAUUUUUGUAUCCAAGCUGCUAGAGAAAAACAGUAAUAUAAUGAAUGCCAUGGGAUAUUUAAGGUCGCCAAUCUGAGUCAAGCCCUCACUACCAGUGAGUUACCCUUUUAUGGGCUCUCGGUCUUUUCUGUCUUCUGACCACCAUGAUAGUUAUUUUAUACUGUACCUGCAUUGCUCUUGUCAACCCACACCACACCCUCAUCCCUAUCAAGUGAACAUUUUUUACAGAGACUUAGAGCUUCUAGACAUUGGCUCCCACAAUACUUAAAAAACUCCUUUCAACCAUCCACAAAGCAGAUGUUUUUUCCUACCUACAUUUCAGGAAGUUGAAAUUCUCAAGUAGCAGAACCUAUGGAAAAUGUAGAUCUAAACCAGAUGAGGCGGCACACACCUUAAUCCCAAGUAUUUGGGAGGCUGAGGCAGAAGGAUUACAAGUCAAAACCAGCAUAGGCAAUAUAGUGAAGUUCCGUCUCAAAAAAAUAGGGAUAUAGCUCUGUGCUUCUGGGAGUCAAUCCCAAAUAAAGUAGAUCUUACUUUAAAGUCUGUAUUUUUAGUUUGCUGGAUGUGGUGGUGCAUGCCCAUAGUCCCAGCACUUAGGAGGCCAAUGCAUAAGAAUCACUGCAAGGUCAAGGCCAGGCUGAACUACAUAGCAAGAUCCUGUCCCAAAAAGCCAAAAAUAAAUAAAGUUCAUAUUUUUAGUACACCAGACUGCCUCUCAGAAUCAUCUAUUGAGCACUCGCUUUUUGUAGGUUCCGAGGUUAGCAGAUUCUGUGCUUAAUCUUUACAACAAAACUGCAAAAGGUAUUAUCCCCACUUAACGGAUGAGAAGGCAAGAAUCACCUAUCUUAUGCAGUUACUUACUGAGAAAGGGGCUCUGAUAUAAAGUGUUUUACAAAGGUAAAAGUUGCUGACAGGAACUUCCUUACUGAGUAGCUUCACAUUUGCAAUAAAAUUUUCUUGAACUCAACUCCCAGAGACAGGAGAAUAGAAACCUAGAAAAUUGUGUUGCAGGUAGAAAAGCUCUACAUCAGUAUUUAUAUGUGUCCUUGCAAUAAAGUUCCAUUGUGAAUUAUCUGUGA